CUCAGCUGACCUGGCCGUUGGGGGGAGGAAGGAAGGAAGAGGAGAGAAGAUGGAAGGGAACAGAGACGAGGCGGAGAAAUGUAUAAAUAUAGCGACGAAAGCCCUCGAAGCCGGAGAUGUAGAAAAGGCGCUGAGGUUUCUCCACAAAGCGGAGAAGCUCUACCCGACCGUCAGAGCCAAAGCUUUCUUGGACGCACUAACAAAGAAUGGGAGCUCAGCAGGAAAUGGUGCCUAUCGCAGGAAACCGGCCGAACACUCGGAAGCUAACGGCGCCCGGUCAGACAGAGAGAACCAAGAAUCUGGAGGAAGUGGUUCUUCUAAAGUCUUCACCAAAGAACAGGUGGAAGGUGUGCAAAGAAUAAAGCGGUGUAAGGACUACUAUGAAGUGCUCGGAGUCAGUAAAGAAGCCAAUGAAGAAGAACUUAAGAAAGCCUACAGGAAACUAGCUCUGAAGUUCCAUCCGGACAAAAACCAUGCACCUGGAGCAACGGAGGCCUUUAAAAAGAUUGGCAACGCAUACGCAGUGCUGAGCAACUCAGACAAACGGCGGCAGUAUGACCUGACGGGAGGGGAGGAGCCGAGCAGCCCCAGUCACUCCCAUGGAGGGGGCUUUGACUUCCACAGGGGCUUCGAGGCAGACAUCACUCCCGAGGACCUCUUCAACAUGUUCUUUGGAGGCGGCUUCCCCUCCUCAAGUGCACACACUUUCACCAACGGCAGGACGAGCUACAGCCAACAUACGGAUUACCGGCAAGAGAGAACAGAAGAAAGGGGGGAUGGGGGGUUUUCGAUGUUUAUCCAGCUGAUGCCCAUUGUGGUCCUGAUUUUAGUGUCAAUACUGAGCCAGAUGAUGGUGUCCCCUCCGCCCUACAGCCUCUACUCCAGACCGUCCACGGGUCAGACCGUAAAAAGGCAGACGGAGAACCUGCGUGUUGACUACUACGUCACUAGGGAUUUCAAGUCAGAGUUCAAGGGCUUAGCACUGCAGCAAAUCGAGAAAAACGUAGAAGAGGACUAUGUAUCUAAUGUCAGAAAUAACUGCUGGAAGGAGAGACAGACAAAAACAGACCUGCUUUACGCUGCUAAAGUAUACAGGGAUGAUCGUAUGCGCAAGAAGGCAGAGCUCAUGACCAUGGAUAACUGCAGGGAGCUGGACAGACUAAAUAACCUAUUCAGAGGCGGUUGAGUUGGAUGCUUCUAGAUGAUGUAAAUGUAUAUGAAUAGAUGUGUAUGUUCAUGAUUUUUAAAAAGAAACAAUCUUUACACUAGGAGCAAAAAACUAAUGAAAUAGUUUAGCUCUAUUACUGAAGUUAUAAUAUGUUCCUCCUCGUAUCCCCUUGGAACUUCUCUUCGUCACUCCAUCCUGACCCCAGGGAUUGCCUUGUUACAUCAUAUUGAACCAAUCUACACGCACUGUAGAAAGCUCCACACCUUUUAUCUAUUUUUUUUUUUUUACUCUGCUUUUCUUGUGUUUUCCUGGAAGCAAGAAGGACAAGGACAUUUGAUUGUAAAGGCAUGUGCUUUGAUUAGUGAUAUCCUGAGGGGCAUUUGGCACAAGCAAGGUACUCUCUUAGGAACCACAAACAGCUUUUCAUCUGCAAUCAUCUGCUUGUCAUAAAUACAGUGUAGGAGACAUGGUUGGAGGCACUUUCAAACAAAAGAAGGAAAUCUAAAAACAUAGCAGAAUGCUUGUUUUAGCUGCCUACUCACCUCCACGCGUGGAUGAAGAUCAGCAAAUCAUGAAAAGUGACUUUGCCACUAGAGAACAUUUUAUAUUUUCCACUCCUAAAUGUGAAGCUGGCUGGGACUAUACAUGGAAGGACACUGGAACUGUUCAUUCAUAAGCAGUUGUACAUUUUCAUUUUUGAAUGUUUAUGCAGUAAUUUAAGUAACUAUAGAAGAAACAUGGGUUUUCUUCAGUGCUCGACUAAUCAUUUAAAUAAAGUAAAAUUGUUACCACA